AUGGCUGGUUCGAAAACAGUGAAUUGGCAUGUCGAUAGUGGCGUUGGCCAACUCCCAAUCGUUCCCGACCACUCGCUCGCUACCAGAAACCACGGCAAAAACUGGCCGGGGGUUGCGAUAUACAAGGGUGCGCAAUUGCCAUUAGCCAGAGUAGGUAACUCGGUCACCGCGCCUUCUGCACCAAACGCGGAACCGUACCACAUUCAGUCGUUCGCUGAGAUCAUCGAGGGUAUCGCGGACCCUAUGCAGGCGUCUGACUGUCAGGCUGGAACAUUCUACUGCGACACCAACACCGCAGAGAGCUACCAUGUUGUCACCUAUUGUGUCGCUUUCUUUCAGAUACUCUGGCAUCGCAAUGGAUGUACUGCAAUAAUGCAUCGUGCCAUCCCAUCAUCGUUGUUUGGUAGAGGAAAAUACUCGCAAGUGAGGACGGCCGGCAUGACCUGA